AUGACUCAGUGCUUCACAUUGGCGCACUGUCCAUGGAUAAAUGGCAGUAUCGAGCGACUUAACGGAGAUGUACUUCAAGUACUUCGAGCAAACCUAAAUCAUAUCUCUGUGACAUCAUUGGCGAAUGGCAAAUACUCGCCAGCCGAGGUGCUCCUUGGUGCUGUGGUGACUACACCGCUGCUGAAAAAGCAAACCAAACGCAACAAAAGCAACCAGAGAGGUGCAAAAUCAGUGAGCUUUCAUGUUGGUGACUUCGUUCUGUGGUCUCGUGCCCAAGCAAAGACACGUGUGAACAAGUUAUCCGUGAAGUGGAUUGGUCCGUAUCAUAUGAUUGUGGAGGAACGCGUGACGUGCAUGCAUCCGGUCUGA